ACAAAUGGAGCGAUUGUUAAAAUGGCCGCGCCGUUGUCAAAAAUAGCAACACGGUUCGAUUUUUCAUUUAAUUUUCUUGUUUAAACCCCAUUUAAAACGUUUCAUUUGUGUUAUUAUUCUCUCGUAAAUCGUUCACGUGGUAAGUGCGUACGAAAAUUUCUUGUACCCCCAAUGUGGCUUGGGUUUUUUCCUGGGAUUAAGUCGUUUCACCCCCAUCUAACCUAAGGUCUUAGAAAGAUAAAUUUCUAUAAUGGUUAAUAACUGUUAAAAGAAGAAAGAAUAUUACAACGGAAAAUGAGAAAUUCGAUCGAAACGGAUGUUGCACCGUGUGUGGCCAGUCAAAGGAAGAAGGGGUUCUCAUCUAGGUUCUCUUUGAGACGUCUCAUCUACGCCAGCCCCAUAUUGGGACAAAGAAGACAACAUCGGAGCUCGUCGAGUUCUUCGAAAACCGCUAAAACCCAAAAUAAAGAUGUUAUUGAUGGUAAACCUGGAAGUUCUUCAAGGGAAUCCAGUGGGAAGCAAUUUCGAGCUGAAAUUCAUCAAGCACACAGUAGAACUUCAGUGAAUACCCAUGGAGAAAGUGGUUCUUCCUGUAUCGAGUGUCCAUUAUGUCUCGUUGUUCUCCCAUCGACUGAUUUCUUCGAAGUCACACAAUGUGGACAUAAAGCUUGCAUAUCCUGCCUUCAGCAAUACCUUAGGGUUCAAAUAACAGAGUCCAGAGUUUGUAUGACUUGCCCGGAAUGUUCUGAGAGUCUACAUCCGAAUGAAAUUCGAACUAUAGUAAACGAUGAAGCCCUCUUCGCGAAAUACGAAGACUUCAUGGUACGUCGGGUGCUCGCCGUCGAUCCAGAUACAAGGUGGUGUCCCGCCCCUGAUUGUAGUUUUGCGGUGAUAGCAAGCGAGUGCGCUAGUUGCCCGAAGUUAAAAUGCGAACGUCCAGGCUGCAACUCGUACUUUUGUUAUCAUUGCAAAGCCGAAUGGCAUCCAAAUCAAACUUGCGAUGCUGCUAGAGCUCAACGAUCUCCAAACGUUCGAUCUUCAUCGAUUACUUUUAGUCAAGAUUCCCAAUACAGAGAUGAUAUCAAACCAUGCCCACGCUGCCAGGUGCUUAUUGUUAAAAUGGAUGAUGGUUCUUGUAAUCAUAUGAUGUGUGCGGUUUGCGGGGCGGAAUUUUGUUGGUUAUGCAUGAAGGAAAUUAGCGAUUUGCAUUAUUUGAGUCCUUCUGGGUGUACGUUUUGGGGGAAGAAACCAUGGUCGAGGAAGAAGAAAAUCUUGUGGCAACUGGGGACGCUUGUUGGAGCUCCAGUUGGAAUUGCUUUAGUUGCUGGAAUUACAGUUCCUGCUAUGAUUAUAGGCAUUCCAGUUUGGGUUGGAAGAAAAUUGUACGGAAGAUACAAAAAUGAUAAUAAGCAUAAGAGAAACGCGGCGAUCGUUGGAGGUGUUGUUGCAUCGGUAUUAAUUUCACCAAUAUUAGCUGGUUUAGCAGUCGGUAUAGGAGUUCCAAUCUUAUUAUUCUACGUUUACGGGGUUGUCCCUGUAUCUUUAUGCAGGUCAGGAGGUUGCGGGGGAGCCUCAGGAAUUCUCGAUGACGUCGAUAUAACCACACCAAGAAACGUAGACACCGCAUCGAUGGAUGCAGUUAGUCAACGCGUUGCUAAUCCUUCAAUUGGCGAAGCAAGUUUAGUUAGCGGUAGCCAAAUGCUACGAGACGCCGAUCGGGAAUCAGCAAGUACCGUCGCUUUAGCUGGAAGUGUUGGGGUUCCAACAGCUGCGCAUAAACUCGAAGUUCAAGCGGAUUUAGUUUCUUCUGCUCAACGAUUGAGUAUAAGUAGUUUAUCUGAUAAAUCGGUGAAUGUGAGUUUAGCUGAUGAUGGAGGAGCUUCAACGAGAGCUUUGGCUGGUUCGAUGUUGAAUUAUAAAGGUAGCGAUUCGUGUAGUUGUGUUAUUGGCGAAGAUUGUAUUUCUGAACGAAUAAGAUUGGAGGAUUUAAGUGCUGGUUAUACUGCGGAAGGAAGUAGCGUUGAAAAAGCUAGUAUAAGUAGUAGUUGUAGUUAUCGAAAAUGUGGAAAAUCUUGGAAUCGUAGCGAAAAAGAUACUAUUAGUAAUGAUAGCAUUUUCUUGGACAUGCCAGAAGACAAACCGAGGAAAACGUCGAUGGCCGCGCUUCGUAGCCAAUUUUUCUUAGCGGAAAAUAAGCCGAAAAGUUUCGAGGAUCGAGUUAUUAUAGAGGUGUCCAACGAAACUUUGGAUCGCCCAAAAUCGCCCUCGUGUUCCACUAGUUACAACAUAGACACGUCCAAGUUAUAGUUACCCGGAGGAUUUCGGAUAUUUUUUUCUUUUCUCGGUUUUUUGUUUUCGUCGAAAAAAGACUGAGCGAGUAGACACGACAUUUAUUUAUUUUGAGAGUUUAUAAAAAAAAUAUUUUAUUUUAAAGGUGAUUAUUAUCUUCUGAUCUUUACUUAUCUUCUUCCACGAUUUUGUAGGCCCUCCUCGUCGGAUUUCUUCGUUUAAUAAUAGGUUCUAUAAGUAUGUAAUAAUAUUACUAACAUAUUCUUCAAAAAAAAAAAUAAUAAAAAUUAAUCAUAGAAAAAAUUGGGAGGAAUAUUUUUUUAUUAUGUAUAUGUUUUGGCGUUUUCGUUGUUUAAGUUCAAAAUAAAAUGUACAUAUCCAUUUCCAUCCAAAGAAAAUUUAAGAAGCUUUAAGGACAGUUUCGAUUUUCUUAAUCCUUUUUCUUUCAUCGUUUCCUUUUCGAUUUGUUUUCUUUGUAUAUUUCUCGUCCGAUUUUUGCUUAUUAAUGUUUUUGUUUUUUUUUAUUAAUAAUGUAUUCAAACUAAAUGGAGAACUGAAAAGAAAAGGGCUAAUUUAGCUAGUUCUUUUGCGUCCGGGUGAAAGAUAUCUUGUAUAAAAAAAAUUAUAAAAAGAGAGGUUAUUUGAGUUUGUAUUUUUUGGUUCUUCUUAGGAAUCUUUUCCAUACUUUACUUUUUUCCAUUUGCUGUAUGUACGCAAAAGGUAAGAAAAAUAAUAAAGGAGUUUAUUCCAUUUA